AAGUAUUGAAGGUUCUAUUGUUAUGAGUCACACUCCCCAAUUAAACAGUGGAGGAUCACUUCCUGCUAAAAAGCUAACAAGAGGCAAAACAAGUUUGGGAGGUGGAGUUACAAAAUCGGGAUGCCGUUGUGGAAAUGCCACGGCUGUUCCCGGCAAGCUCACUUGCUGCGGACAGAGGUGUGCUUGUUACACUGAAAGUAAACCCUGUGUAGAUUGUAAAUGCAGAGGAUGUAGAAAUCCACACACUGCAGAUGGCCAAAAAGUGUGUCCGGUGUUGCCAAGUUAUCCACUACAACUGACAAGUGACGAAAAUUGCCAGCUGACUGGUCCGCAGUGUCUGACACUCGGCUCUAACGACAUGGCCACUGCUAGUGGUGGAACCGUUCAGGUGGUUGGUGUCUACACUACACAAAUCCAUGGGGUGUCAUCUGGUUCACUUUUCCUUGAUGCUAAUACGACUGUUACUUGUAGUGACAAUCCUGAGGAGGAUGAUGCAUAGUUAUUUGUCACUUGUUAUCUUUCUCAGACUGUAAAGUUUGUUACUGCAUCCUUAAUUUCAUAAUUUAUUUAGAUUUAAUACAAUAAUUUAUUAUCAUGCAUAAUGUGCAUCAUGCAAUGUGUGUGUUUUACUUUCUGAUGGAGAACUAAUUUUGUUUUGUUAAUUGAUUUGUAAUGUAUAGUAGUGUAAGUACUCACAAGUUUUAAAGAAGGCUGUUUCUAAAGAUCUUAUGUGUGUAAAUAAAAGAUUACAGUGAUAUUUUUCUUAUUUUACUGUGAACUAGUGAAUAUAUAAAAUCUAUACAGUAAUAAGAAAUUAUUAGAGCUAUUAUUAUCAUAAAGCUAGUUUUCUUUUACAAAAUAUAGCUAAUGUUACAUUAUAAUGUUUCAGAACCCUCCACCUAUAUUUUAAUGCAUUGUUUCUAUGGUAAAAACAAAGUUCAAUAUAUUUACUAAUAAAAAUGCCAUUUAGUUUUUAGAAUUUAUUUAUUCAAAAAUAAAGUAAACAUAUAGUUUUAAAAUGUUGUAAACAGAUUUAUUUGCGGGGAAAACUAUAAAGAAUAUUUAAUAUUAUCUUGAAUAAAAACAACAUGUUGGCUAUUUAAAAUAUGACCAUGAAUAACUUUAUCAAAAGAGAUAAUUAUUCAAAAAUUUAAAAGAACAACUGUUUUUAGAUAUUGUAUGACAAAUCUAAUGAAUAUCUCAGAUUAAACAAGAUUUGGUACUUUUUGUAGUGCAUAACUGUUGGCUUUUCAUAAUGCAUUUGUGUUUAGAUAUGCAGAUAAUAUCCUCUUCAACAAUGCAAUAAAAACACUGUCACAGAUUUUGGAGGGGAGUGGUAGUGAUAAAUGUGUAAUAUAAUUUGGUUCACUCAGGCCUUUUUAAUAAGUAAGAAAUUUCAUCAUAAAAAUUUGUUUACUUUUCCUGGUUUACUUGAGAUGAAACAGUUUUACUCCAUAAGAAUAAGUUAAAAAUCAAACACAUUUAGAUGAUCAAGAACAUUGAUGCAGUGGUGAAACUGGCUGUAGACCUAUUAAAUGUAGUGGAGUUACAAUUUUCAAGCUGAAAUAGACUAAUAUUUUAAAUGGGAAAUGGUUCUAAAUAUGUUAACUACUAUCAGUUCAAUGAAAGUUUAGAAUUAAUUGGAUGGCUACAAAUUUGUAAUACAAUUAAUUCAAUUUGAUGUAUUUUACUCUAUCCUUAUAGGUAAUAAAAAUGAUUAAUUAUUGUCAGGUUACAUAUUUGUACUUUUUACCAUACCUUUUUUAUGACCAACUGUACAAUGUGAACAAAUAAAGUAUUGUAAAUUUGAA